UUAUAGAAUACCAACAGCACGUUUCAUAUAUUCGUGAGCUAUUCGUGUGAAUACAUCGUUUUUUCGACGUGACCACCAAGUAUAUGAGCUAUAUGUAUUAAUAUUGCUAACGAGUGAAUUUAUAUACAUAACCGCAUUGUUAAUUAUAUUAUAUGUAUAUACCUAUAAAAACCAUUAAUAAUUAAGUAGACGUCAUAAAGCAGAAACUUUUUCGAGUGCUCGAAUUUUCAGUAAAAAUUUAUUUUAAUAAUGUUUUCGUUUACUUUAAAUAAUAUUCGUAUUGUGUUUUAUGCGGCAAUUAUUGUAUUUGGUAUGGCAUUUUCAUUCGAUCCAGUUUCAUCACGUGCGGUAAAUAUCAGUAACACAUGGAUACUGCCGGAGGAAGGAUUUCCAGUAUUCUAUCGUUAUUUUCGGGAUCGCAUAUCAUGGUAUGAGGCCGAUGCUGUAUGUCAAUUUCAUCAUGCAAAUCUUGUUACAGUUGAUACCACUGCACAGUAUGAUGCAACGCGUGCAUAUUUGAAAGAGCUGGAUAUUGUGAAUAACGUUUGGAUUGGUUUAAUUAAGAGUAAACCAGAUGGUGAUUUUACUUGGACAGAACGUCGGGAAUAUCGUCCAUUAAGUCAUGAUGGUUUUUGGGAUGAACAAAUUUCACAAUCAACAACACCGAUUUGUGUAUCAACUGAUCCAGCCGCAGAUUUCCGUUGGCAUGGACAUCAUUGUGGUGGUCCUGAAGUGGCAUCAUUCAUUUGUGAAUUGCCAGUACCAUCAUGGGCAAGUCAACCAAAUGGGUGUAUGUUAACAUCUUUACCAUCAUUAACAGUAUUAUAUUUACCAGAACAAGCAGCUGUUGAAUUGACAUCUGAUUGCGGUUUAGGUGGUACAAAGAGCAUCGUUUGUAAAGGACAAGCGGACCGUGACGAAAUGAUUAAACAACUGUCAUGUGGUAUAUCACCAGAGGACUUUGAUGAUAAAAAUGUAUCAAGAUUAGCACCAUUGAACAGUUCUCCAAUCACAUCACAAAUUACAAUUGAUUCUGACUCAAUUUCAACAAGUGCAAUAUCAACAUCUAAUGGCAUUGAUGUUACAACACACAAAAGUAUUGACGCUACUAAAAAUUGGUUAUGGAGUUCAAAUACGGUUGAUGUUGAAGGUUAUGAUGCACCAACACGCCAUCGAAGAGAAACUGAUCACACCGAUCUACCAGCAACCCUAUCUACUUUAUAUGCCAGCACACUAAUCAGUUCAACGAGCACUAUGACUGCUGUCACGCCUAGUAAUAAUAUAGAAGCUAUCGAACCUGUACAGAAUAUAAAUGAAGGAAAGAUGUUACUCCCAUCAAGUAAUAUUGAAGUUCAUGAGUCCGAUAUUAUGAUGGACACACCAUCAAAAAUAUUAGUUCGAAAUGAAAAUUUUGAUGAUGUAGAAACGUUUAACCCACGGGUGGGGCCAGAAUUAUCAAAACCGUUUGAAGAAUUUAUACAAUCAGAUACAAUUAAUAUUGAUGAUAAUGUUAAGAAUUCAUUAGAUGAAAAAGAUAUCGAUAAGCAUGAUAAUUUCUUUGCAGCAGCUGAAAUGCCAAUAGAAUUAUCAACAAUUGAGAAUCUAAGCCCCGCAAGUGAUAAUACAAUUCGAAUAAGUACAACAACACAUAAUCCAAUCACAACUGAAGAUUUAAUGACACGUGCAGCAAUUGUAGUUACAUCGACAACGGAUGAAACAACAAAUGAACCACAAAUUAAAUAUGCAAAUGCUGAACCAGAUUUUAUGUCAAUAAAUCAAGGACAGCUAUUUGGUGGUGAGAAUGGUACACAUUUUGACAUUGAAACUGAACCAAGCAAUGAUACCACAGAAAUAACAAUAUCAUUAACAACUCCAUCUGAAAAUCAUCCUGUUAAAUCUGUACCACCCUCAAACAAAGAAGUGCUGCAACCAACUGAUAAAUCACAACAGCAUCCAACUGCACCGCCAUCUAUGACACAACCACGUGAUACAUUAAAUACAACGAAUGUGGUUGAUAGUCAGCAAUAUGUUCAAACUACAACUCAAAAAGAUACAUCCGAUAGUAUAAAACUAUUAGAGUUAGACACUGAUUUUGUAGCGACACGUAAACAAGAAAAUAACAAUAGUAAAUUCAUAGAAAUUGAUGAUUCAUUUACUAUUGGUGGAGAUCCACAUGAACAUAAAAUCAUCGAAAUUAAUAUUAUCGAUCGGAAGACAAAAAAUUCAUUACCGUCAAAACUAAUUAUCACAACAAAAGUAAAUAAUAAGUCAAAAAUACCACCAAAACCGUUGUUUUCAAAUCAAAAAUUCACUUCAAGUGUUAAGAAAGAUGGUAAAAAUAUUAAACCUCCAACUGUAAUGCAACAAAUUAAUAAGUCCACUUUAAAUGAGACAACACAUGAUAUUAUAAAUGUUACAAACAUAGUAACUACAUCCCCUGAUUUAUUUGCCAUUGAUUCAAAAAUAAACAGCUUAAAUAAUAUUUCACCGGUGUUCAAUAAUGAAUCUGAAACCAUUCCAAGUACAACGCAAGCAGCAUCGAAAACUGACAUAGUUAUUCCAGAAAGAAUUAAAGAACAAGAAAUUGAAGUUCAAAAGCAACAAGAAGAAAAUUUUCGCCGAGAAUUCCAAUCAAUGAAUCCAAUUAAAAUUAAUGACCAAUUUAUAAACGAAGCAAGUAUUGAGGACGGUUCGGCUCAAAAUAACGACGAAUUAAAUUCUGAUAUACCACCAACGCAUAAACAUAGAGGUCGUUUAUUACCACGAUCGCCACACCGUAGUAAUUAUUAUCCCUAUUUCUUCAGUCGAGUUUUGGGGUAAAUUUUGACGAAAAGUUUUUUGUAGAUUAUUUAUUGAAAGAUUGAGGGACAUGAAAUAUGCAAAUUUAGCUGUGUAUGAUGUCAUUAAAAUAGAAUAAUGCUGGACAUUCCUAAAAUACAUGGGAUAGUGGGAUAUUGUAUUUAUUAUAUUCAUAGAAUUAACAAAUUAUUCCGUUUUUUACCUUGUUAAAUUUGUAUAGGUAAUUUUUUUAAAAAAAGGACUAGUUAUUCUUAUUUUAACCUGUUUAAUCGAAUGGAUCAGUUCAUAGUUUUUGUUAAGUUUAAAACAAGCAAGUUUUCUCUCGAUUUAGGUAAUAAGACACACUGACAGAAAAUUCAUAUAACUACAUAAUAGAAAUUAGGUUAGAAAAUACACGUUUGCUAGGUUAGUUUAAUCACAUUAACUAAAUCUUUUUGUAAUUAUUAGGAAAAAUAAAUUAACAAUUUAUCACACACUGUUUAUUCGGAUUCGAAAUUUUAAAUUCGGAAAUACCAGAUAUACCUACAUGGAAGUAUAAUUUGAUAAAAUUUAAAAAAAACAAACU